CGCUCGAGCUCGACAAGAGCGAGAGAGCACGAGAGCAGGAGGGGGAUUUCCAGCGCGAGCCCCCACUUCCCGAACCAGCCUUGUUUUGCUUUCGGUCUCGACACAGAAACAGAAAUAAACGACGGCCACACUUUUCCAUUUUUUUUCCAUUCAAGACCACAAAAUAAAUUAAGUUGUCCCACUUGAGCCUCGCGUGUGUUUAAUCUGGCAGCAGGACUGUGAAGCGACAGGCCGUCCAAACUAACAGGCCACAAUGCCAGUAGAGAGAAUGAGGAUGCGGCCGUGGCUGGAGGAACAGAUCGACUCCUGUCAGAUACCAGGACUCAAAUGGGUAAACAAAGAAAAGAGAAUCUUCCAGAUCCCGUGGAUGCACGCUGCUCGUCACGGCUGGGACCUGGAGAAAGAUGCUCCGCUCUUCAUGAGAUGGGCCAUACAUACAGGGAAAUACCAGCCAGGCAUAGACCGUCCAGACCCAAAGACGUGGAAGGCUAAUUUCCGUUGUGCCAUGAACAGCCUGCCAGACAUUGAGGAGGUGAAGGAUAAAAGUAUCAAAAAGGGAACCAAUGCUUUCAGAGUCUAUAAGAUGCUCUCCUCUGCGGAGAGAAACAUGAAGAAAGGAAAGAAGAAGACAGACAAGGAGGGGAAGCCAAAGGGAAAUAAAGAGGUAGCCUCUUCGUCUCCAGACAGGACUCACUCUGAAGCUCACGUUGGACCCAUUGACUACACAAAACAAGAAACGAUCAAGCAGGAAGUGAUCAAGCAGGAAGUAGUAGAGCUCACAGUGACCGACAACGCCUCAGCCAUUCACAGUUCAGUAGAAGAUCACGUGAUCACCAGCGAGCAGCUGCCAUUCGUCUGUCAGACAAUCGAAGUGACCACAGAGAACGAAGAGCAGACUGUUAGCUCCUCCCACUCGUACCCGCUCCAAAUCUCUCCUGUGUCUUCAUGCUGCGGCAGCGACACAGACAGUGAUACAGAAGACACCAAACAGGGUGCAGUCUGGAGGCGGGACUACAACACACCAGUUCUCAGGGUUCCCUCAUGUUCUCUUCCCGGCAUGGCCACUUUCGUGACUGCGAACAAGCCCAACUUCAGGGUCACCAGCACGCGAGACCCGGCCCCCCUCAUCAGCUACCACGCUGACAGCUGGGUGCCGGCCUACAACCAGAACUCUCUCGCAUCUCCGGCGACAAGUCACACCCAUGAGAUGCGGGCCAGCGUCAUUAUGAAAACCUCUGAUGUCACUUCCUCCUGACCUCUGUUCCCAGAUGAGGGAGUAUCAUCACCGCUUCCAGGGCAUAGGAAUGACAGAGAAUGUUGCUUUUCUCCGUGACGGCCACAUGGAGCCUAAAGAGGGCGAGCUUCAAAACCUUUGAUUUUACUGUAGCUUCAGUCUGGGCCAUGAAAUCCCCUCAUUUUUCCUUGUAAUCAGAGAAAUUGCCUAAAGGUGUUUGGGCCAUGGCUUGACCUGCCCAUUAAUUGGUCAGCACUUAGGCCCAGUUUAUACUGUCUGCAUCUGCAAGGCCAUGAGGGUCUGCAUGAUGUGAAUUUGUGAUCUUCCCAUGACUGUGAGGGACUGCAGACCGUCGGAGUGCAGCUAAAAAUUUAUGACCUUACACGUCACGAAAUGCGUGAGCUCAUUCAUGUGUGCAGACGCGUGGUAUAAAUAAAUACAUAUAUAAUAAAUACAAUCGUGCACACGUCUAUAGGGAUGGGUAUCAUUAGGAUUUUAUCAAUACUACUACUCUUAUUGAUACUCCCUAUCUGUCCUGUUCCUUAUCGAUACAUUUUUACACAUACAUACUUUUCUUUUUUUCAUUACUAAAGAAAAGCUUUUUAAAAUGUAUAUUAUUUUUAAA